GUCCUCUAAUAACAAAAAAAUGGCGGGUAACAUGAAUUCGCUUUGCUGCACAUAUUUAAAAUUUUAGCAAUGUACACACUAGUGAAUCGAGACGAGGAGAGUUCAGUGUAUAAUUGUGUUAAAAACCUGUUAUUAGAAGGAUCAUCGGAGGAGACGAAAUGGAGAGAAGUUCAUCAAGAUUUCGAACGGUUCAACUUGAUGUUUGGAGAGAGGAAAAGGAAAGGACUAGAUUAUACAAGGCUAGGUCAUGUUCCAGGGCUGUGUCAAGCAGUCAAUUACUACAGAGGUUCUGAAAAUCUUCUCUGUAAAAAGGUACCUUUAGUGAAGUAUGUUAGAUCAAUAACACAGAGUGAGGCUGAAACUUAUCAAUGGAUUCCUGUUUCCUUUAUCAUUUUACCUGCACAACUUAAAUCAAAAUCUGACUCAAGAAUGAAAUUCAGUGCAAAAUAUGUGGAUGAAAGAGAGAAGCUUGAAGCAUUUGCCAACAGCCUUAAGGAGAAAGUCUGGAUUGCAAAAUCUUCAUCUGGAGCUAAAGGGAAGGACAUUUUCAUUUCUAAUGACAUAGAAGAAAUUGUGGCUUUUGUUGAUGAGCAGACACAAGGAUUUGUGGUACAGAAGUACAUUGAAAACCCUUUGUUGCUGGAUAAAAACAGAAAAUUUGAUAUAAGGUGCUGGGUCCUCCUGGAUCAUACAUACACCAUUUAUAUUUUCUCAGAAGGAGUCCUAAGAACCUCAUCUGAACCAUAUGAUGUUGAUAACUUAAAAAAUAUCACUAGUCAUCUGACAAAUCAUUGUAUACAGGAGGAAUACUCUGGUAAUUUUGGACUAUAUGAAGAAGGAAAUGAAAUGUUCUAUGGUGAAUUUUCAAGGUAUCUAGAGGAAACUUUUGGUGUUUCUCUUGCUACGACAAUCUUACCUCAGAUUAAUUCCAUUGUUAAGAAAUGCCUGCUUGGGCUCAAAGAGGAAUUGACUACGGAAGGUUUGAGUUAUCACAGUUUUCAACUCUUUGGGUUUGACUUCAUGAUUGAUGCCCAGUUUCAUGUCUGGCUCCUGGAAGUAAAUGGGGCUCCUGCUUGUGCAAAGGCAUUAUUACCAGACCUAGCUAAAGACCUUGUGAGAAAAGCCAUAGACCCUCUCUUUCCAAGAGAUUCUAGAAACGACGAGCCUUUUGAGAGUGAUUCGUCAGAGAGCAAGACUCAAGAUACGACAAAGGGACACUUUGUGAUUAUUUGAAAAACAUUUCGAUGUAACCUCACGCCUGAAUCCUGCUUCUGCCGUACAGAACAUCCAACGAUCACACUCGUUGAUUUUAAUCACCAACUGUGUGAAACACACCACAGAGAAGGAAACUCAUGAGUUUGCCUCGAGAUGCUGAUCGUCUAGCUUAAGAGGGCAAAUUGCGGGUUUCAGCCCCACAUCUGUUUCUGAAAACGAAACUUUAAUGUGUAACAUUAAGGGCUGCAAGCUACGAAAUAAAAAGAAAGGCCGUGUC